AUGAUGGUAUGGUGCGAUGCUGUUGCUCUGCCAUGCAUCAGGGACAUGUACGGGUUCGCGGUGCAGCCACAGUACGUGGACGUCUACAAGGCCUACGUUCCCGUCUACCAUGGCGAGGAGACAGAGCGGUCGGAGCGGUGGGACUCGUUCCUGGGCGCGCGCGACCUGCCCUUCCUUCCGCCCUCCCCUGCGCCGACGCCUGCGCUUGCAGCAGAAGCGCCUUCUGGCGAAGGCGCGGAAGAGGGGGGCGGAGAGGGGAGGUUUCGCGCAGUGUUUAGGGAGGAGCUGUGGGCCGUUGAGCGCGUUCUGAGGGGUGCUGCUGAUGCACGCGCGGGGAACGCAGGGAGUUCGGGGGACGGGGGGAGGAGUGAAAGGGAUUCUGGAGGAGAGAGAGGAGGAAAGCGAAUAGGAGAGGGCAGCGGGGAGGGGAGCGGAGCAGGCAGUGGAGAGACGGGAGGAGAGGAGCGAGGAGGAGGAGGGGGAGAGGGAGGAGGAGGAGGAGGGGGAGAAGGCAAGGGAGGGGAGAGCGGAGCAGGCAAGGGAGUGGGUGGGAGUGUGGCGACAGAGGAGGCAUGGAGAGCGGAGCUGACGUCCCUAGUGAUGGGGGGCAUUCCCAUGAACAUGCGGGGCGAGGUGUGGCAGAUCUUCGUGGGGAGUGCAGGGAGGAGGCAGGCGGGCGUGUAUGAGGCGCUGCUGAGGGAUACUGGCAGGGAGGAGGAGCACGGGCCUAACAGCAGUUUGGCGGAGAUCACAGCAAGGAUCCAUGAGAGGGACGCUGAGGUCGCAUGCACUGUGCAGAUUGAAAAGGACCUGCCGCGCACCUUCCCCGGGCACCCUGCGCUGGACGCCAAGGGGAGGGACGCGCUGAGGCGGCUGCUGGUGGCGUACUCGCGGCGCAACCGCGCGCUGGGGUACUGCCAGGGCAUGAACUUUCUCGCCGGGCUGCUGCUGCUGCUCAUGCCUGAAGAGAAUGCCUUCUGGACGCUGACGGCCAUAGUGGACGAGCUGUUCCGAGGGUACUACUCCGACGAGAUGGUUGAAGCUCAGGUGGGAAGGGGGACGGUUAGUGAAGAGAGAGGUGGGAUGGGAGACAGCCCUGUCCGCCCGCAUUCUCUCCCCUCCCACCAGGGGCUCGUGGACCAGCUCGUGUUCGAGGACCUUGUUCGCCAAAACUUCCCCAGACUCGCGGAGCACAUGGACACAAUGGGAGUGCAGAUCUCAUGGAUCACGGGGCCAUGGUUCCUCUCUGUUUUCGUCAACGUGUUGCCCUGGGAGAGCGGUGAGAGCACUGCUUUGUUGUCUGGCAAGGACUGGCAGUGA